AUGUCCCCUGAUAAUGAUGUCUUUGAGAAAAGACGAAGGACGUUUGAAGAUGAAGGCCAGCAUAGAUACCAACUGGACUCAGCAGAUUCAUACAGACAACCCUCGGAGCAUUUCAGUGAGGGUUAUAGCUACAAAAGGGCACCAGAAGAGUCCGGCCACUCCAAGAGAGCAGAAGUGUUUGAGUAUGGUCAAUAUGAAGAGGAACCGCGCUACAGACCAGCGGCUGAGCGCUACCCGGGCAGAGAAAAGUACUCACAGGAUGUCUUUGAAAAGAGGACCGGCGGCUUUUCCAGGGAUCAUAAAGAUUUUAAUCUGGACCGGUUUCCCCCUAAUGGAUCAAGUCGACAGAUGGAACCUCGUACUCGUAGAUUGAGUCCUCCCCCCAUUCCCCCGCCCCCUCCACGCCCUGCUGUGACUCAGGAAAAGACGUUGUCCAAAGGGUUUCAGCGUUUCCUUGAUGUCCUCAACAUGGGCGUGAAUGUGGAGACUUUGAACAAGAUCGCAAAGGUCCGCCAGCCCUCUCCAGACAGACCGUGGACUGAGGAACCGUCUCAUAGACCCCAGUUCAGGCCCGAGACCGAGAGACCAGCUUUUACUCCACAGUCGUGGUUGUACAGCUCAAAUGGCAAAUCUACAUCUGAAGAAAGAGUAGAGGAUAGUCAGAAUUUUGAGAGGCGACUUCUCGACAAUAGACCUGCGUCCCCUGCGAACACAAGUUUUGAAGACGACAGCAAACGUAAGGAAAUGAACAACGUUUUACAAGCCAUCGGGAUCAAGCUUGGGUUUGAAGAACUCGGACAAAUGUCUAGCCGAAUACAAGAACGGUUGUAUGGCAAGAAAGAAACGGAGACCAAUCGAAAUGAAGAGCAGGAUGGGAAACCUAGGAGAGGCUCGUACGUUCCCAAACGCCGCAGUAGUAGCAUUGACUCUGCAAAAAACCACUCGUACGGCUCUCAAAAAGAAGAAUCAGACUUUUCCCAAUAUACGGACACACACGGUAGUAGUGCGAAGCCUAGCGUUGCAUAUCAACCCAGUCAAAUGGUCUCCCUGAGUGCGUAUGCCCUGCCCAAUCACAAACAACCCCCUCAAAACCCAGCUCUAGGUUACAUGAACUUACCUCCCAAUAUGCCCCCCAUGUUCAUGCCUCCAUUUCCCCUACCACCAGGGACUUUCCCCCACCCCCUGAGUAUGUUCAACCCAAUGAUGCCUCCCACUGCCCCAGCGUCGCCAUAUUCAAUGCAGAUGCCCCACCCUUUCCUUCCCAAUAUGUACGUUCCGUUUAAGAACGCGGCCAUGAACGCAAACACACAACAGACCGCAACCACGACAAUAGGAAAGCCACAGCAAGCGAACGUCAAGGAUGUCACUGUCUCCGGGCCUGAGCCACAGAAUGUAGCCUUUAACAUCCGUUUGAAGCCGAUUCACUUUUUUCAAUCAAGAACCACUCGUCUGCAAAUGCACGUUUUCUACGUAAACUGCAGAAAGAAGAGGCGCUUGAAGAACCACACACGAGAAUAA